GUGCUGUUGGCGCAGUUGCUAGGCAACCACAGCUGUUUGGGGACGUCUGUUCUGGCUUUUUAAGGGCUCCCCAAAGAAAACAAGGGAACCGAGGUCUGGGCUGAUGGGAUGAAGACUCAGACCAUGGAAAGGAACAACAUCAUUGACUUCAAGGCUUUAGAGAAAGAGCUGCAGGCUGCACUCGCUGCUGAUGAGAAGUACAAACGGGAGAAUGCUGCCAAGUUACGGGCAGUGGAACAGAGGGUGGCUUCCUAUGAGGAGUUCAGGGGAAUUGUCCUUGCAUCACAUCUGAAGCCACUGGAGCGGAAGGACAAGAUAGGAGCAACAAUGACUGUGCCCUGGAAUUGUCACAGUACUCAGGGAAAGACCUCCCAGGAUGAGAUCCCUGAAAUCUCCCAGGAGAAAACCCUCCUCCAGCCUGACACCUCGGCAGAGUUCUACCGUGACUGGCGGCGACAUUUGCAGAGUGGACCAGAGCGCUACCAGGCCCUGGUACAACUUGGGGGUCCAAAGCUGGGCCACCUCUUCCAGACAGAUGUGGGGUUUGGACUUCUAGGGGAGCUGCUGAUGGCCCUGGCAGAUCAUGUGAAGCCGGCAGACCGAUCUGUGGUGCUGGGCAUCCUGGACAGUCUGACCACCACGGGGCGCUUCACCCUCAACCUGAGCCUGCUGAGCCACAUGGAGAGACAGAGCUGCAGAGACUUGUUUCAGAAGCUGCAGGCCAUGAGUGACCCCAGACCUCAGCAAGAGGGGCUCAGUCAGGAGCAGCCUGGUGGACUCCAGGAGGAGGAGAGCCUAUUGCAACAGCUGCAAGGGCUAUACCAAGUGGAUUGACAGGACCAGCUACCUUCAGAGGCCCCCAUAGUCACAGGAAGCUUUUUUGGUAGUCUUCUUGGGGCUCUGCAAAACUGUAAUGACAUACCCAUACCUCACUCCCUUCUCAGCCUGAAAUUUUCAGAGCCAAAGCAGGAAUCAAAUCCACCCCCACCCCACUCCAGUUCUGAUCUGUGUGGUUCCAUGGGGUGGUCAAGAACCCAAGAAGUUGAAAAAGUUUUGCUCCCACCUUUCAUCUGCCAGUCCUUUAGCCCACAGCCUGAGCCACGUGUUCUCCCCCACCCCAACACUGGCCAUCCCAGUUACAGCGCCGCUCCAAAAAAUGAAAAAGCACAUUGUUAGUCUUCUAUGGUAGACAAAUACUGAUCUCUGUCGCUCUUAAUAAGAGUACUUUUUGAAAAAAGAAUAUUUAUAACCCCCAAACAAUGAAUGGACAUGCAACUGACAAAUGUUUGAAUGCUACCUUGUUUGAGGUGCACUAUUUUCCCCCAGGGGUUGAGCUCCUAGGCAGGUUGGGCCUAAGAAAGCCCCAGGCCAUCAGCUCAAGUCCAGUCAACCACCAAGUCUUCUUCAGAUGUGCAGGUGCAGAUGUCAUUCCUUCCCUGGUACUCUCAACGGGAAGAACUUUCCACUGUGCUGGUGAGGCAGGGCCUGCAGCAGGGAGGCAGAGUUCCCUCUCUGAGCACCUGGGCCCUUGCUUCUCAUAUGGAUAUCCUGUGAACCAUUCUUGGGCAAGUGCCAGUGUUCUAGAAAGGGGAGAGAGAGCCAAGUUCUAGAAUGGUUAUCCCUCUAGGAACCAUAGGUCACAUCUGGAACAUUAGAAGGGCAGCUUGUACAUCAGCUGGGAAUAAAUUGCUGAACGUUUGACUGUUUGCUACAGGCUGUUGCCUCUUUUCCUGCCUUCUUAAUUCCUCCCUCAUAUAGAUGGCUCCUCCUGGCAGUGGUUUCUAGAAGUCCAUAGACCCCUAGUUACCUUUCCCUC